AUGACUUCUGGUAGUUUUGUUGGAGCUAGUGCUGGACGGCUUCGUUACACGAGAUGCUCUGGCUUCAUUUUAGCAAGCUGGAUUGAGAGCCUUAAUCAGCGUUCCACCCUGGUUCCUUUACCUAGAGCGUUAGCCAGCGUUCAGGUACAGCACUUCGAUUUAUUCAAAGCGUCGAAACUCGCUGGAGUUCAACGUUUGCAAUGCUACCUUCAGCUAGAAGAUUAUGUAUAUCCGGUUACAUCAAAAUGUGCCAGUCCUCUUCCAUUGUUAUCUCACGAAGAGAUUGCAAUCCUCAAAGACAUCGUUGAUGUAAUGCAAAUUAUCGCCAAAGUGAUAACUGAAAUAAGUGGUGAUACUUAUCUAACAUGUAGUAUCAUAAUACCAAUUGUAGCUUGUAUGAAAAAUACAAUCAGGCAAAGAGUACCUACUACUUCAAUUGGAGCCGAAUUUAAAGAGGCGAUUAUUUAUCAAAUUGAAAAACGAUUUAAUGACAUUGAAUCUUUUGAAAUUUUAUGUAUUUCUACAAUACUGGACCCAAGAUUUAAGAAAAUACAUUUUCAAAAGGCAAUGAGUGCUUCUCAUGCCAUUGAUACUAUCAAUCGUAAAAUGAAGUCAGCUGUUUCUCCUGAUCCUAUUCAACUACAAUUGCAAUUGCGUACUGAAAACAAUAAUUUAAAAAAUGAUAUUUGGAAUUAUCAUGACGAUCUUGUAAAAAAAACGGGUGCAGCAAAAAAUAGCACUGAUGGUUUAACUUUUGAAUUAAAGCAGUAUUUGUCUCAACCUGUCAUUUCAAGGACUGAAGAUCCUUUAAAACAUUGGAAUUUACUGCAACCUAGUUAUCCGAAUUUGUACAAUGUUGCAAUUGAAUAUUUGUGCGUCGUUGGAACGUCUGUACCGAGUGAACGUCUUUUGUCUUUUUUCGACGACUGGAAAUAUUAA